AUGAUCCCACAAACUAUUAAAGGAAUCGUUAAAGAAUCGGCUCAAGCAGUGAAAGAAUACAGAGAAGCAGUCUCGCAAGGGAAAGGCGCAUAUCUUUUGAGGAAAAUCUUCCCGAUGUUUUUCUAUGCUCUCUUGUCAGAAAAAAUUCGUUUUGUCUUACCAACUGUUGUUUCGCCUCGAUACUCACCUGGAGAUUUUUCCGAAGAUGUGACAAAUAGAAAAAUAGUGACCGCAGUAAUCCAAGUUACGCUAGUAACAAGUAUAGAGUCGCCUUCUCAUUUGAUUUCUACCGAGUUGAAUAUUAAUGGCGAUGCUAAAGUCUCGAGAAUUAGUUUGUCUGAGGAAAUUACUUACUUAGAAAGAGACUUUAUUUUAGUGGUUAAAAGCAAUGGAUUGGAUGAACCAAGAGCAUUCAUUGAGUAUAAUCCAAAGACAGAAACAAAUGCUGUUAUGUUGACUUUGGUCCCAAAUUUUGCACAAAGUGUGGCAAAAAUGAGCGAAAUGGUAUUUGUGGUUGACAGGUCAGAUUCAAUGUCUAGUGGUCCAAUUCGUAGGGCAUUACAAGCUCUUCAAUUGAUUCUUCAAAGUAUACGCUAUUCAAAAAAUACAUUUUCAAAAGCUUUUACUGAUGUCAAAAAUAUGGGUGCUGAUUGCGGUGGGACAGAAAUAAAAGGCGUUCUCGAAUGUGUAGUUAAGACUGCUCGUAGUGAUAUGCCAACCUCUAGAACUUUCCGACUCUUCUCUCUAGGAAUUGGAUCCAGAGUCUCGCAUCAUUUAAUCGAAUCAAUUGCUCGAGCUGUGAAAGGUUAUUCACAAUUUGUCACCGAUGGAGAACAUAUGGAUAAAAAAGUUGUCGGGAUGAUUAAGAACGCAAUUAAAAACGCAUUAACCGAUUACAAAGUAGAAUGGAUUGACGAGACGCCAACAGAUAGCAAGAAAAGACUAUCAAUUAGUUCAUUUCCUUGGGAUUCGUCGAAAAAAAAUGAAACCAAAUUUCGUCAAGCUCCCAAUUCUAUUCCCGCCAUAUAUUCGGGCGUGCGUGUGGUAGUUUACGCGAUUCUGGCGAAAGGCAUUAAGCCUAAAAAAAUUAUAAAUCUUUCAGCACAAUCCCUGGAUAGUCCGAUUAACUUAAUGUUAAAUUUUUUAGCAAUUAAUUCAAUUAAUGAGAAAACUAAUUCUGAAAUCGCUAGAAGUGAGACACUUAAGCAAAAAAGAGAAGUUCCAAGACAAUCAAACUACAUGUAUUUUGCUGGUACUCCAAGGACUUUUCAUCGCGUUGUAGAAAAAAGUGCAAGAAGUAGUAAAGCAGUAAGUUCUAUUGUAUUUCCAUCUGCGCCGCCAUUUCCAGGGGUCUCACACAUUCGUCGCCGUUAUCAAAACGCACGCUACUAUCAUCAGAAUUUCAAAUCAGCUCAUAUAGGAUCAAAUUUACAAGCUCAAACGUUACUAGCUCAAAAGCAAGAACUAUCACCAUCAUUUGAUAUAAAAACACCAACUAUCUAA